AUGGGCAGGGCUGUCCUUUACAAACAUGAAGGGCAGUCUGCCUUGAAGAUAUUGGACAAAAGCAAGAACUCCAUCAUUCUGCCGUUACCCAAGGACAAUGGUUAUGUGGUUCUAGAAGUCCGCUCUUGGGGAGAUGGAGGAGAUGGAGCAGCCCAUGAGACCAUAGUGUCUCGAGACUCAGGCACUGGAAUGAUGGUCCAGAACAGUGCUGACACUUCUGGAUCCCUCUGCACAUCUGUUCUGGCGUUCACUGCGCUCGUUCUCAUUGGCUCGUCGGGACUGUGAUGCUAGCCAAUGAUGAGGCAUUUCAUAUUAAUAUCAUAGAGAACUGGACAGGUUUUCCUCAGAAUGGGCAGGGCUGUGGGUGGUGGGGGUUUUUGAUGAGGGACAUUGGAAUGGAUGCGUGGGGUGUGAAGUUUUGGAAAUGUGAGGAGUGGAAGAUUAUUUUGUAUAAAAAGGCUUUUUUACAAGGAUGACUGGUCAAAGAGAGUCGUUGUGGGAGACUUUUUUGAUUGUUAUAAUUUUAGACGCUUGCCUUACGGAAACUUGAGUGGUGGUCGUGUCAGCAUUUGGCUGUAGUUUCUAAAAUUCAGCAACAGCUCUGACUUGUUGAUUUCCUCAUUGGUGUAAAUACACAUUUCCAUAAUAGAUAAAACAAAACUUUUUUUAAUACUUUGAUGCUACUUCAUGGCAGCAUGUGGACUGCAAAAUGAUCCAAAUGAAUGUUUACCUUUUUUAUUUAAUCUUUUAGUUUUUUUGUGAUAAUGUAAUUAGAAGCAAGAGCAGAUCAUGAUUUUUAUUAACAGUGUUUUGUAUCUGUGUUGAAUGAUUGUAGCAUUCUGCCUCCCUCAGUGUUCUAGUUUUUAAAGAUGAAAGGUCUCACGAAAGCAGCGGUACAACAGAAGCUGAUUCUUGUGUGGUUGUUAAAGUGGGCUUGGCUUGCCAAAGUUAUCACUCUAUUAUCUUACUCAUUGUUAUUGCUUUGUCUUUUAUUUCCUCAUGGAUUACAUGAAAUUGUCUCCCAUGGGUUGUUACUUUCUUUCUUGGCACACUACAAGUGCGAGACACUGGACAUUGAACAAUACUGAAGAUAACAUUCAUGGACAAAUAAGUUAAUUAUUAUCCUAUAAUAUCAUCAUUUGUUAUAAGGUAUUGUUUUCUUCUAAGGACUGAAUCAUGGCCCAAUCUUUGGAAACUGUCCCUAAUGGUGUACACCUUGUCAUACUUUAAGCCACAACGGCCAUUUGACUGAAAGAAUUAGGGGACACGUUUUUUGGGUGGCUAACAUUAGGUUGUGAGGGUUUUAGUGAGGUUUCUGGGGCUCUCGCAUCCCGCUGCCUGUUUGGAGGGCCCUAACAGGUCCCAGGACACUUGUCCGGGACAAAAUCCAGCUCAGCCUAAACCUGCCAUUUGUUGUUUAAAA